GACCGAAGCUCAGUUGCUUUCCAGUGUCCGGUCCGGUUAGCGUGUGGUUCAGUGGUUGUGGACGGAACCGAAUAGUGCGAGUUGCCGAAGCUGUGCAAGACUGUGCCCGUGAUAACCUGCUAUUAAUAGUACUUGGUGAUAAGCAAAAUCCUUGCUUGCCUUGUUCAGGGGCCCAUUUGUGGUUCGAGUGACCGAGUGUUGGAUAAAUCAUGGUGCCAAAUGUGAAAAAAUGCAUUUGCACCGCAUUGUUUGUGCUGGUGGCGGUUGCUGUUGGACAGGUGGUCGGUCAAGGUGAGGGAGCUGCCGUGUGGGCACCCACGUGGACGGAUACGCUCAAAAAGGAUCUACUGAAGGGAUACGAUCCAUCGAUUCGGCCUUCGCAACACUACAACGUAACGACCGUUGAGACGAGCAUCACGAUCACGCACGUGGAGAUAAACGAAAUUAAAUCAACGCUCUCCGUGUACGGAUGGAUGAAGUUUCAAUGGAUGGACAGCCGUUUGGCUUGGGAACCACAGCUGUAUGGUAACGUUACGAAGCUGUUUCUAAAUCAAACCUCCAUCUGGAAUCCGACCUUAGAUAACACUGGACCGUUAGUGAAGGUUGCCAGCAACGGUAUACUGGAGUUUACGAAUGCAUUGCGCCAUGAGUCCAAGUGUACGAUCCAGUGGCAAAAGUGGCCAUUCGACACACAACGCUGUAGUAUAUUUCUGCUCCCUUGGGCCGAAAUAUAUGAUAUGGAAAUUAACGUGAAAAUGCUUAAGAAUGAAGUAUUACAAGGAACGAUCUGGACCGUGAUGAACAUUACGCUGGAAACGCACAAAACCUUCAAUGUGAGCGAUAGUCCGGAACACCGGGGAACGCAUAUUAGGUUCGAGCUGAAGCGUAACAGCGCUAUCUACAGAAGUACCAUCACGGCACCGGCCUGUGUGUUGGUACUGAUGAAUUUGCUCAACUUUUGGCUACCACCGAACUGUGCAGAAAAGCUCAUCCUCAAUGCAAUUAAUGUGCUGAUCACGGGCAUGUUUCUGAUACACUUUAAUGAGCAUCUUUCGCUCUACACCAACAGUACACCGUCAGUUGUGUUAUUUUAUAGCCAAACUUUGUACCUGUCUGGAUUUUGCUUGCUGUUGACGGUUUUGCUAGAGUGUGUUGUAAAAUCUGGCUCCAAAAAACCGUUGCAUCCGGCAUUGAAGAAACUUAUCACGUUCGAUGUGAUCGCGGGAAUAAUCUCGAUCAAUAAUAGCCCUACGAGAAACGAUGACGAAAUGUGUGAGACGUUAGCGGACACUCAGGAAGCGAGUAACAACAUGGACGAAGUUCAAUGUAAUGGUCCGAGCCAGAACGAAGCCAAGCAGGACUGGCUGCUGUUUGUUACGCUGUUGGAACGGAUUGCGUUUGCCUUAUACGUUAUCAUAUUUUGCCUGAUGUUGGUUUUAUAUUUUUAAUUCAUUUUGUACAAUCUGAAGUUAAAUAAAAGCGUACUUACAGUGAA